AAAUAUAACACAAUGGCUGUUUGCUUUAAUUUUUAUUUAUAUUUCGUUGGCCAAGCAAAUGCUUAGUACCAAAAUGUAUAAAACAAUUUUUAUUUUGUGUCUGUCUUUUUUUGCUGUGUUGGCCAAACACGAAUUUUAUGACGGGCAUACACUAUAUAACAUUGUCGUGAAAGAUGUACAGCAAGCAGAGUUAGUCAAUGAACUAGGAUACCAAAUUCCAAUUGACAUUUGGACGUAUGCAAAGCCUGGUCAACCUGGUCAGAUUCUCGUUUCCAAAGAAGACAAGCAGCAAUUUCUGGAUGCACUUCAUGAUGCUGGCGUUGCGUACUCCAUUCUUACAGAAAACAUUAGAGAGAGUUUGGAAUUAGAAGAAGAAAGGUUGGCUGCCGCUGCAAAACAAAAAAACGAGAGAUCUACCUUUGGUCUCGAUUUUGAGACUAUUCACAGAUAUGAAGUAGUCGAUGCAUAUCUCGAAGAAUUGGGUACCCGAUUCCCACACUAUGUCAGAGUUGAAUCCGCUGGAAGAAGUGUCCAAGGACGUGAUAUUAAAUACCUAAAAAUUUCCACCAGUCAUUUUCAGAAUGAUACGAAACCUGUAGUAAUGCUCCAAUCCCUUCUUCACGCCCGUGAGUGGAUUACCCUGCCGUCUACACUGUACGCUAUAGAGAAGCUCGUCAUCGAUGUUACUGAAAGAGACUUGGUUGACAAUAUCGACUGGAUCAUUAUGCCCAUUGUCAAUCCCGACGGUUACGAGUGGAGUCAUACUGACACUCGCUUCUGGAGAAAAAAUCGUCGUGUUGGUUUAUUGCCAGGAGACACCUGUGUGGGGGUCGACCUUAACAGAAAUUUUGAUGCUUUCUGGGGAACUGCUUCAAGUAGCAACGUGUGUUCUGAUACUUAUCACGGCCCAAGUGCCUUCUCAGAACCCGAGACUAUCAACAUUAGAGAAAUUCUUCGCCCAUACAUGAGCCGCCUUGCACUGUACAUUGACAUUCACAGCCAUGGCAGUAUGAUUCUAUACGGUUUUGGAAAUGGACAGCUUCCUCCUAACGGGCUUAUUCUUCAUGUUGUCGGAGUUGCAAUGGCCCAAGCUAUUGACGAAGUUAAGUGGGCUGAGAAACCUAAUUAUGUAGUUGGUAACAUUGUGGCGAUCUUAUAUCGGGCUUCAGGUGGUUCUUCAGACUGGGCACAAUUAGCCGGAGCAUCGUUGGCGUACACUUAUGAAUUGCCAUCGUACAGAGGUCAAAGUGGUCUGAAUGGAUUUUUGGUGGACCCAGAUUUUAUUGAACAAGCUGCAUAUGAAACAUGGGAAGGCCUUAAGGCUGGAGCUAGACAAGCAGCAACCGCAUUCUACCGUCAAAUAGCUGAAAAAUAAACCAUACUACAAUGAGGAUAUGAAAAUAUUUUAAAUAUCUCUAAUAAACGUAUUUAAAUAACUGCACAAAUGCACUUUUAUCUCUUUA